CGACAAUUACGGAGACGCGUGUAUCUCGAGUCUCAACAUAUUGACAUCAUAUUUUUUAUUACCGGUGCACAUCGCCACAUCCAUUCAUAUUACCCGGCUUACAGCAUAAAUACAAAUGUUGUAAAUUUUGACACUAGAUGGCGUUCAGUAUUGUUAUAAACAAAAUGUCCGAAAGUGUUGCUUUAUCUGUGUUUCGAGUGUUUUUGUUUUUAUCGGUUUUUACGAACCAAAUUCAACCUUAAUUUGAUAUGCAAGCAAAUAUUGUGUCUGACCGUCUGUUAUGUUGUCCCAUCUGGCAUUGGCAUUCCUAGUUUUAACAACGAGUUCCUGAAUAUUUCAUUUUUCAUAUUAGCCACAACUUCAGCUACCGAUCAUCAACUGAAUGACCAAUUUUCUUUACAGGCACCAGUAUUUAUGAAUUUUUUCUUUGCAUUAAAAGGCAUGGUCAAUGCUCCAGUAGAGAGCAGUACGGAGGACUGUUUUGGUUUUCAUAUCUUACAGUCUGUGAUCAUUAUUAGUUAUUACAUACUGCCUUCGCUAACUAGCAUUACAAUGUGGGCUGCAAUGGAGUUGGGAGUGGAUUCAGCCAAACUCUCGUCUAUGCGAUAUACUAUUACUUUACAUUUCCAACGGUUUCCACUUCUGAUAGAAAUUAUACAACAAACUUCCAACUACAGUUAGAGGACAUUUGAUUCGUUUGAUGUUGUCGCAAGUUGUUUUUCGAUGGGGCCGUUUUGAGGUCACAGAACGAACAUUAAUUUGGAUUGCCCCCUCACUUUAUAAACGGAAACAGUCCUCCAACGUUUCAUGCUCCGCUUCGAUCAACUUCAACUCGACUGCAACGAUCAUCUCUUCAUCUACGACGGAGCUCACGCCAACGGCAUUUACAAGGCCGACCUGUCGGGCCGUCACACGUGUCAAAGCGUCGGCACAAUAACCACACGAACCAAUUUUGUCACGCUCAAAUACGUCACAGAUGCUUGGGGCACUGAGACCAGCGGAUUUCAUCUUGUCACCGCAUUCAAAGAUAAAAGUAAAUCCGGCGUUUUUAACAUUUCAAUUCGAUUUUAAACAAUUUAACAUAAGGAUUUCUGCAUUUCCACCGAUUUGCUCUGCGAUGGCGUCGGAUGGCGUCAAUCACUUCGGCGAUAACACGGACGAAACGUCACUCUGCGCAGACAGCGAUCAACAUUUCAAGAUCCUCGGACUGAAUGUGCCGGUCUUUAGAGCAGUGGCCGGAAGUAUCGGUGUUGUCAUUCUCUGCGCAGUGACGGCCAUUAUCGUCGUCUGCUGCUGUCGGAGGAAGAAACCGCCUACAACUUCUGCUGGAGCAGCAGCAGCAAGUGGCAAUAAAGGUCGACUUGUCGACGAUGGCAACCAGCAGCAAAAACGCAUUGCCAAUUUGUUGUCCAGCUGUGUCCAACGAUUCUGCUGUCGAAAUGCGGAUGGGCUCCCGCGCGCUCCCGCCAAACGAAUUUUCUCUGCUCAAAAUUUAAUGAGGGCGAGGCGGCUCGAACCUCUCGUGCUUCACGUGAAAACAUCAACAGCCGUGAGCGGAGUAAAGAAACGAAGGAGAACGAGAGCACUCGCUAGACGCAACCAACGCCAGCGACAACGCCACGUCCGGCCAGAGCGCGAAGUGCUGACAUGCGUAAAGACAACAAUAACGCCGCCACACACAAGUCGAGUCCCGAAGGUGCUCCGUCGCAGCCGAGCCACACCAAACGGCCAAACAGGGACGCCGGCAGACAUCCGUCGUCGGCGGCCAGAGAGACUAAAACGCCCGUCAAAGCCACGGCUGAGGCCCCCAAGAGCGCCAAAGGAGUCAAGACGGAAGAAGGAGCUGCUACCACGGGCAAAGCUAAUAAUAAAUCGGUGGCAGCAGCAGCAACCAAAAAGGCGGAUGAGGAAGCCGUCAAGGCAGCAGAACUCGUUCAAGUGACAGUUCCGCCAUCCGAUUCCCAGCCAGAGUCUAAGGAAGUGGUGAACGUCAAAGUUGAAGAAAGCCACCAUCCCACAGCUGUUGAAACGCUUCCGGCUGCCGGCUGCGAGACCGAAAUGAUUUCGAUGACGGACGCUACUGCGUCCGAUGAUGCUCUGGAUGUUGAAAUUCUUCCUCCCGUCACCACCACCAACAAUGACGUGGCUGUCGUUUCCACUCCGUCGGAAGUGUCGAACGCCGAGGGACAAGUCUCCGUCGACUCGAUUCCGUCCGGAGCGACGACUCCAUCGGAGACGGGCUUGGUAUCUGGCGAUUCGGUUCCUUCGUCGUUGACGUCGCGUAAAAUCAUUUCGUCUGAAGAGGAGGCCAAAGCGGCCCUGGCCGAAAAGCGGCGCCUGGCCCGCGAGCAGAUGGAUUGGGUCGAGCAACAACGAGAGCGGCAACGAGCUCAACAACGCUGUGAGCAGCGACCAGUCAGCCAGUGACGUGACUAGCGUCGGGAUGAUGAACAACAGCAUCAACGACAACAACAGCAACGGGCAAUCGUCUUUGUCGCCCGACGACGACUCGCUGAUGGAUGAUGACACCACCAAGCAGAAGAACAAUGGCUUCCACCUCCACCACAAUCACCAUCACAACAACCAACAUAUCGACGCGACAGAUUCCUCCUCCUCCCUAGCCAGCACCACCAGUGAUUUACCAGACAUCUCGAACGUCACAGCCAACGCUGACAGACAGCGUCAACUCGAUUGCCAGUACUAACAACAUAACCGCCGAAGUCGAGCCCGUCGAAUUUUUAGCUUGAAAAGUUGACUUUCGGCUGUAAUCCCCCAUUUCCUCCUUUUUCUUUAUUUUUGGUCCUUCCUUAUUUUUUCCUUUUUUUGAUUUUUUUUUAAAACGUCGUUUAUCCAUUUCUUAAUAUUCUUGCUAGAGAAAGAAGCUCAGCGCGCUGGGGUUUAGACGGAUCAAUCACGGCCAUCGUUUUCCUCGAUUUUCUUUUUUUUAACCAAAAAAAAAGAAUUAUUUAAAAGUGAAGAAAAAUCAAAUGUAGAUGAUCGCUUCUUCUUCGCAUCGAAAGGAAAAGUCCUUGUUUGUUUGUUUACUUUUCAACUUGUAACCAUCUAUUUCUACAUAAUUUUUUUGUAUUGUAUUCCACAUUUUUCUUGGUCGUGGGCUUUAAUAGUGAAACUGAAAGAAAAGGAGUUUUCUUCACGAGGAAAAUUGUGCGAGGAAAAGUUGCAGCUGGUUAAUGUUUUCUUCUAUUUUUCUUUUUCGUCUUUCGAAUCGCGGUCGAUGAGUUUUUAACUAUCUAUCUAUCGAUGUUUUUUUUUCUUGCUGCUUUUACUUCUCUGCUUAUUUGUAAUGCACCUUAAUUUUAAACAAGCUCUGGUCAAGACCGUUCAUAAUAGUUGGAUUAUUUUAUUGUCUUUUUACGGCCAUUAGCGAGUUACUGAACAUCUUAUGCUUUGGGGAUUUAAAAAAAAAAAACAAAUAUCACAACAACAAUCGAGUCAAGCUGACAAUGCAGCAAUCCGGCCAAAAAAGUGUGUUGCAAUUUUCAACACUAGAUGGCGAUUGGUAUUGUUCACUCGCGGCGAACAAAUCUAAUGAUGCUUAGUUCGUUCUCUCUGUUCGAUUUUCCUACUUCCUAGUAUUAGCAUGGUGUUAGUAACCCAGAGUAGUAACCAAAUUCAACAUAAUUUGAUACACAAGGAAAUCCUUAAGUGUAAUGUGUCUAGAGUGAUUGUUGUUAAUGUUAUAUCUCUCUGUAUUACAUAUUGUGCCUGUUGUUGUCUCAUCAGGUGACAUUCAUUGGAUAGUUGUUGACAUAUCCAGUUUACAAAUUCCUGAGUACUUCAUAGUAACCACAACUUCAGCUUCAAUUUGAUUUGAUUUGAUGUUAAUUGAAGCUGAAGUUGUGGUUACUAUGAACUUCACAGUCGGAGUUUAGCCUAUCUGCAAAUGGCAAUGUUGCCCGUUCUUUUCAAGAUGGCGGCUGGAAUUCGACACGAGAAUCGACAGCAUUCAGGAGUGAUGGCUUUUCCCGGCUGAGUCUAGCUUAGAGAGUUUUGGCUUGCUCUUCCUGAGAUUUGGCAAUGCGAUUUUUCGAAGGAAUUGUGCUUGUCACAUGUUUGGUGUGUAUUCUAGUCCAGCAUGCUAAAUGAUUAUUCCUGACUGGAGAUUUUUGUGGUGUUGUGGAAGUGUGGACUACAGAAGCAGAUUGCUGAUUCAAAUGUGUUCUUGCAUUUCUUCUGUUGUGCAAGCUUCUACAUGUGCUGAACAUUUUCAUUUGACUUCGAUUACUUUAGGUUAUUCACCACAUAGUUAAACUUUACUCAUGUCUUGGUGUUUCACAGCCAGGUGAAGUCUGAGCUUCUUCAAUGCUGUCUAUUGUGCUCAUGGUUUUGUUGCAGCCAGCUGAUGAUUGGUGUUAUGAGCUGCUGCAUGCAGUCCAUCGUGCUGGUGUGGUGAGCUGCUUCUAUCCAGUCUGUGGUGCUGGUGUUAUCCUUAAUUGUUGGCUCUAGAUUACUUACACGAUUUUGGAUUGUGGUGUUUGUGGUAGUAUAAAUAGUGCUGUACUGCUGUUCAUAAAUAGUAAAAGUUAUUGCAAACUGAUAUCAUGGUUUACAAAUUCUUAUCUAUGUAAUGGUGUUUGGUUUUACGCUGAAGAUUGCUUAGUGAAAUAACGAAAAAUAAAUAACAUGAAGAUUAA